AUGGACACUGAACUUGACAUGGGAAAAUACUCUGUAAAAAAGUCCAAGAAGCCUCGUGCUGCAGGCUCUCAAACUUCGGGCUGGACAACCACAGCAGGAACCAGCACUAUCCCCGAAUCACUUAUAUCAGAUAUGAACAAUCUGAAAAUUGCCAGAGGACGUCUCGAACGCUACGCUGCUGAGGCAGGUGACGAACGUUAUCUUAGCCAAAGUUCCAACAACAGAUUAGAGGCUAAUACAAAAAUCUUACGAGAAAAAGCUAUAACCGCAGCGCUCGACAACAUCAAACGUUCGAUGAACGUAGAUCUUUGUUUCGUUUUGGACUGCACUGGCUCUAUGUCAAGCCACAUUUCCGCUGCAAAGGAUUGUAUAAUACAGGUGGUAGACUACAUGGAACGUACGAAUCCUAGCAUUAAAAUUUGGGUUGGUUUCUGCGGUUACCGUGACUACUGCGACGGUCAUAAACGACUGGAGACUUUUAAUUUCACUGAUUCAUACGACCAAUUCAGAAGAUAUGUUAGGAAUGUACAAGCCACGGGUGGUGGUGAUGUACCGGAAGACGUUCUAGGUGGACUUAACGCUGCAAUAACUAAAAUGAACUGGAGUCAUACUACUCGCGUCAUUCUCCACGUCGGUGAUGCUCCACCGCAUGGACGUCGUUUCACUGACGAACAAGAUGAUUAUCCGAAAGGCGAUCCGAGUGGUCUAACUGCUGAAAGCGUUCUUGGAAAGAUGAAAUCAUCGAACAUAUUAUACUUUUUCGGAAAGAUCACACAAUGUACCAAUAAAAUGCUCCGCAUAUUCCGCGAAAUAAUUGGCGAGUUUCCGGUGUUUGAUCUUGAGGAUGUGGGAGGCAAUCCGACUUCAUUAAUUGCCAAAUUUUUCCAGGCUACUUGCUCGGCCAUUUCUUCUUCUGUCUCAUUGACCAGUACUUUGGGAAAUAACAUAUAUGAAUUACGUCGAAAGGAUUUUGAUAUCAACCCAAUCGAACCUAAUUGGCACUCUAUCAGGCAGCAGGCUGGUACGGUUGCAUGGUAUAAAGUUCCUAAAACUCUGGCUGACAUCAAGAACAAAGAAUACUUCAACCAAUUAAAUACCAUCACUCAAAAAAUCUCAUUCAAGAUUGCCCCACAGCCAUUCUCCGUCGGUGCGGAAAGAUACGCAUAUUUUGGACUUAAUGUCACGGGAGUACCAGCUGAAAGGAUGGUUAUAAAAGAAUAUCUUGAUUCUGGUAAGAAAGCGAACUCAAUUGAACGGUACCUCGAAGCGGUAGAAGUUUCGAACAUAGCGCAUUUCCUUUCCUUGAAAUUUAAUUUAGCCGCCACACGGGCCGGUAUUCAAAAAAAGGUUAAGUUCCUUCACGUAAAGUUCUUGAGUAUUACAAACGGAACUCGGUAUUACAAUGUAGAACCGAAAAUAAGUAAUGCAGAAUUUAAGCGGUUCAACGUGAACAGUGGUGUUAUUACUGAAUUCCAUUCCACACUUGAGGCGUUUGCUCAUUUCACAUAUGAUUUCACCGGAGGAUAUUUAUUGGUUUGUGAUCUACAAGGAGCGGAAUUCUCCAAUCAUUUCUUAUUAACAGAUCCAGCGAUACAUUGUACCGAUUCCUUAAGGUUUGGAAGGACAAAUCUUGGGAAGAGGGGAAUCGAAAAAUGUUUCUUGAUAAAUCAUAAGUGUGGUAGUGUUUGUAAUAAGUUAGGAUUGAAAGCUCCUUAA